UUUUUUUUUCCGAGAGCCGAAUUUCCCCAAAACACCUGUUUGAGUGGUGACUAAUUAAACAAUUACUGGAGGGCAGUUUAUAAAUCCGGCGGAGCAGAGGACGGACGGAUACGCAUAAAUAUAUAUAUUUAUUGUUAAGUUUCUGUGUUAGGCGCACUGGUUUAUGGGAACACUGAAAGUAUUCACCUUCACCACUGAGUUACAGUGACUCCACUGACUGCUGUGGACCUGAUACCCACUUUUCGCGUUCAUUUAUAGUGUAUUCGGGGUAUGUUGUACUCGUACUUUGUUUGUCCUGAAAACACAAGAAAACAUGGAAGAAAAUGCUGCACACUCAAUGGGAAAUGGACAGUCACAUGCAAGCAAUCACUCAAGACCGUUUUUCUACGUUCAGCCACCAUCUCAUCCUUACUACAUGUGUCAGUGGCCAAUGAACAGUCCGUUUGGUCCUCAUGCCUUACCUGGGUCAGGUAUGCCUUUUGGGCGCCCAUACUGGGCUCUGUAUCCCUGCAUGCAGUAUCCAGGCUAUGUAAUGCCACAUGCACCGAUGCAGCCUGCUGACUGCAGGAGAAUGUUCAGCCCACCUUUCCCCCCCACCCACGAUGUCCGAUUCCGCCACCAGCAUCACCACCAAAGCCGUGUGCGGCGAGAGACUGCCUGCUCCGAGGUCCAGACCGACCCCAGCGACCUUGUGAAUGAGCUGAUUGAGAGCUUCAGCAAGUUCCGGAGUUUCUCUGUAGCCUCUGAGACCAGGAAGGAGUUGGAUUCCGGUGUGGUGUCCCCGGGGGCUGGACUGUGUGUGCAUCCUGGGUGUGUGGACAAUGGGGAGGGGCUAACCAUGGCGCUGGAGCCCCUCUCUCAAAGGCAAAGACCCACCAGGAGUGUGUCUCCUAUAUCUGCAACGUUGGUGGAGACCAUCAGUACGACCUCUGGCAUUAAGCUGAGACAGAGCUCCCAUGAAGACCAUAUUGAGUCGGACGGCUGGCCUUUAGUGUCUGAUGUUCCGCCCUUAGACAGCUCCUCUGUGCAUGAGGAGACUGCUGAGGAUGAUGAUGAUGAGUUGGAGCAGGACUACGUGCCCGAGAAGCUACACCUGGCUGAUGCACUUGGACCCAAAGCCCAGUCAUCAGGAGUGACUCGAGCCCGGCCGAACUGCCAACCUAGCGAUAUGGGGCCCCCUGACACCGCCUCUGCUCAAGGCUGUGACCCCGCCCAAGUGGGGUCUCCCCCAGCUAUGUCGCCUGUGAGUCGAGAGAGCAUAGAGAAAGGUAGCCAGAAGAUGAGGAUACCCCAAGUAGAAGGAAAGGAUUUCUGUGAAAAGCCCACCCCUGACUUUGAAGAUCUGCCCUGUAGAAUCUUGCGACUGCCGUGCGAUAAAAGCGCAGCAGCUGGCAUGUUUCACAAGGGGAGUCCCUUCUGGUGCAUGGAUCCGACACUCAUGACCCCCUCCAGCUACCUGUCCUCCUUUGGGAAUGCGCUAUACUGCAGUUACUACCCCCAAACAGCCCAGGAGAGGCAGAGUGUCCUCAGUCCCUCCUUGGAUGAGCUUUCCUCUAGGGAUGAGCUCUUCUCUACUGACCUGGAGGACCUGGAUUUAGUGUCGAGUCAGGGGUACACCAGCAGCGGGAGGCUGUCUAAGGAUGUUCAAGAGACCCUUCUCCAUGCUACAGACAGUGAUGUUCCAGACCAUUCCUUCCAGGAGCACUGUCCUGUCUGUCCAAAGAGAACAUGCUCAGCAUGUGGGAUGCGCCUGUCAAAAGAGGCCCAGAGGAAAUCCGCUGUUGGGCCUGGAAGCUGCGGCAAUCUGGAAAGGGGGCGAUCCGACGAGGAGAUCGAAGAGGAGGACGUCUCCAAGAGUGCGGCAGGACAAUGGAAAGCUCCAGUCGCCAAGCAGCACGUGAAAAGGCGCCCGCGUAUGCCAGUUUGCCAGCCCUCCAAACAAAAGUACAAGCAGGGAUAUUGUGAACACGAAGAGCAAAGCAACCUUGAGCACCAAGACCAGGCUUGCCUACGGGAGCCAGAGUGCUGUGACGAGCACAAGGCAUUGGCCAAGGCUGAAAGAUCUCGGGAUCAAGACCCAAAGUGUGUGCAAUCACACCUGUGCCCAGGUAAAGAAACACACCUGCCACGUCUCCACUCUGCUCUUUCCCCGGACAGACGGCGGCGAGAGGACGCCUCUGCACUUUUAGACCAGGAGCAUUCUGGUCUGAAACAAAGGCCCAAGUUUGCAAAGCUUUGUUCACGAGGGCAAGAGAGACCUGCCCGAAGAAGAGUGCCCUUCAAGACUGAACAUCAGAGGGCCAAAAGGGAUGAUUAUGACGACCCUGACGAUGAGAAUCCACCACACCAGAAGGGUCAAGGGUCCACAAAGAGAAGAGGUACAAGAUGCUGAUCAGAAAUAUUGCUUUUUAAUUUGGCGGGGGGGGGGGGGAUUCACUACAAUGCACAAGGAUAUCACUCAAAACAGGAAACGAUGCGACGGAAUCACUGCAUGGAAGAAGCCCCAUUUGAUGCGUAUGCUGGUUGGUCACUUUUCCACUGAGGCCAACUCCUGACUCUUGCAGUCCUUCAGUUCUGAGCUUACAGGACAUGAGCCCUGGAACUUUGGCUUAGCUUGGAUAGGACAGGACCAAGGCACUGAACAGUUAGAUUAAAGGGUUGAUUUGACUGGCUGGUUCCUGGAGCUGCAGUGUCUUGCUGUCUGUACGAUGCAUUUGUAUCAGAUGUGGUGGUGUAAUGUUGACUUGUGACGUCCAUGUAUCUGCAUAGUGUUCAUUAAAAUAGCUGCAUUGCACUUAA